AUGCAAGAUACCAAAUACUACGAACCAACAAAUAUUUUUCGUCAGCCUGCUAUCAAUAUUAAGAAAAGAUCAGAUAAGACGAAAAUCUCACAAUCCAUAACGACCUCGUCUACAUUUAAAAGGACGUGGCAAAACAAUACUUCCAAAAUGAACUCUCCCAUUUUGCGAAAGGCAUCAGACAACUUCAAUGACUUCUACACAACAAGAAAAUUGAAAUCUGAUUAUUGGAGAUUAUACAAUAUUGAUGAAACGGAGUUGUCCAUACCUUCAGCUAUUUCUCUCGAGGACAACAUACUUCUGGUGUCUACAAUGAACGAAAAAGAUAAUUUGAAACUUUUUGAAAUUUCGAACAGUAAAAAGCUAAAGGAGCUACAGACGAUAACCGUUCCCGGUAAACCCAUCACUUGUAUCUGCUUAUUACCUACGACGGAUUUCCGGCCUCAAAUUUUUCCCAGCUCUCAAACAAAUACUAGCCAUAAUCAAUUAAUCUUGACAGGUCACCAGGACGGUAUAGUUAAUUUGAUAUCGACUUCAACAUAUAAGGGGUGUGCCAAGAUAAUAAAAAGGUUUAACCAUAACAAGUUCUUGAAAUCUACCGUAUCAUCAUCAACUCCGAUUUUGGAAAUAUCGCCGAAGACAGCACCUAUUUUGAAAGUUUCGCCAUGGAAUAAAACUGGUUUUGUUUCCCUCUUAAAUGAUUCUCUGUUCAUAUACAAUUUGAAAUCGAAUUUAGAAUCUAUGAAAACACCCAUUUUUUUGCAAUCAUACCCAGGUAUCAAUUCCUUUGCCGUUAACGAAUUUUAUGAUCCAUUCUUAUUGGCAUUGGUUGGCUCACAAUUUGGACCAAAUGGCAUCUCAUUGCUUGAUCUGAGGACAAAUCUAUAUAUCCCAGGUGUCCUGAAUAAUAAUAUCUCAGGGACCAUGGAAAAAAAUCACUACAAAAGAAAGAACAUAAGUUUGGACUGUGUGUGGAUAGAUAACCAUCACGUUGCACAGACCUUCAACGAUAAAAUUCAAAUCUGGGAUAUUCAGGCCUGUGAUGAUAAACCAGUUUGUGAACUAUAUGCUAAGAAAGGUUACAUCGAAAGGCUGAAAUUUAAUAAAGAAAGGGGCACGUUGUACAGCAGUGACGACCAAGGGUUUGUUAUUUGCUGGGAUUUGCAGAAUCUACAAAAUAUGAAAUAUGGUGAAUUGAUUCAUGGGUUCAACUCAAUAAACGUGGACUUUACAAAUGAGCCAACAUCAACCAAACAAGUUUUCCAAUGUGGUAACAUUAUUGUAAGCGGUGUCGAUAAUAAAAAAAUAUGUCUAAGGAGCAAUGAAAUUGCCCUCAAAGGAACAGGAUGUGGGUUUUUAUUUCUCGACACGACGAAUGAUGGAAGUUUAGUAACUCUUGACAACUUUUGUGAACUGGGAUUACAUCAAGUUUGUCAAGUUCAAUGCGACGUCGACACAGGCGAACCGAUCGAGGUUCAUGAUACUACCAAGAACGAAAUCUCCGAUUCUUCUACUUUGUUAUCAUCGAAUGAUAGUGAUCAUAGUAUAACGGAUAAUUCUGAUGACCUAUUCUCAAAUUCUGGUAAUUGGGAUUGUUCUUCAGCGAAUACUAUGAGUGAAGUUAGAUUGCUUGGUGACCUGCAGGAUAUCAAUCUUACGAAAAGGAUGUAUUCUAUGAAUGACAUGCGCUUGAGUGGAUCUACUAUUGAUACUAAUUUUUUUUAG